AUUGCUGACUAAUAGCAAAAGCAAAUGGGAGGCAUAAACUCAGACAGAUUGAAAAUAAGCUAGAUCUUUUUUCUUUCUAAUCCUUUUCAAACCCUCGUUCGAUCAACAUACUUUCUGAUAAGAAGCUUUACUUUUUUCGAAUCAUAACAGCUAUAAUAUAGUAGUAUUCACACCUAAUGAGCUCAACAGUAUUUACGUUUUUCGGUAUGAAUGUGGUGAGUGACGCAGCUGCUAAAGAAUUUCAACACCAACAAAAAGAUCAUCCUACCACCUAUCAAGAAUACAUCGAUUUUCUAAAAAAUCAAGUGCAUUCCCCCAGUGCUGUCACCCCUUGCCUUGUCCCAGACAGUGAAAUCAAAAUUCAAUGCCAAGUACGUACGCGUAUACCUACUACUCAAGGUGGCGAAAUGUACUUGUACCUCUACAAAAAUAACCAAGACAACAAAGAACAUUUAGCGAUUGUAUAUGGAAAUGAUAUUCGAUCCAAAUCACUUGAUAAGACCUGGGAAAACGAGACGAUUAUGAAUCGUAUUGUACGAGGUGCUUAUUUUGGACGCUUGCAGGAAAUGGUCACAGAGGAAAAUAAAUCAAUGACCUUGACGCAGGAUCAAGAGAAGAUUUUGGAACAACAACAAGCUGAAGCGAAAAGCCAAUGGAAAAUGAUGUCUGAACCCCCUUUGGUGAGAAUUCAUUCAGAGUGCUUCACAGGAGAGACAGUACAUUCAGCAAGAUGCGACUGCGGUGAACAAUUAGAUAGUGCUAUGGCUCAAAUGCAGGAAGCCGGAAGAGGCGUGAUUGUUUACUUGAGACAGGAGGGUAGAAACAUCGGGUUGAUGGAGAAAUUAAAAGCUUACAAUUUGCAAGAUCUUGGUCAUGAUACAGUCGCAGCGAAUGUUUUACUAAGACACCCAGCUGAUGGCAGGACUUAUGGUAUUGCUAACGCCAUUCUCAGCGAUCUUCAACUCUCCAAAAUUCAGCUCUUGACCAACAAUCCUGAUAAAAUUAAACAAUUGGAGUCUUACGGCAACAUUAAAGUCGUUAAACGUCAAUCUAUGAUACCGCGUACAUGGUCACAUCCCGUUUUGAGACAUUUCCUAGCUGAGAAUGGAAUUAAUGCUCAUAAUGACAGCAAUACAAAUAGUGCGGCUCCUUCGCCUUCUCUGCCCAAGAGAGAAGCCAGCUGCAGUGCAGAUUACAUAAUGGAAUCACCCGCGCUGUCUUCCGGUACUUCUACACCCCGAAGUGAAUUGGACAAAUACUUAACAACAAAAGUGAAAAAGAUGGGGCAUAUUUUGGAUUUACCAGAGGAUCUAGCGUAGAAAGAUUAGUCUUUUGUAAUUUUUUUGGAUUCGAAGCAGUACACUAUUAUUGAUAUACCUGUUGUAUGUUGUAACACAAAAAGAUUGUAAAUAAAUUUGUAUGAUAGUUUAAUGGGUGUUGUUAUGCCCGAAUGUGGUAUCAUUGUUCCUCCAGGUUGCAUUUAAGCCUGUC